UUCCCUUUAUAUUAGCCACCUCCAAACACUAUCAUCACCAUUGUCGGCCUCUUUCUUCUCUUCAACCUCCACCAUUUUCUCUCUCCCUCUUGUGUUUCUUGCAAUACCUUCCAAUACAGCAAAACAAAACACAACACAAACGGUGUCGUUAUCGUUCUUUCUCCUCUUCCUCUUCAACAAACAUGAGACAGUACCAGGAACUCAACCUGCAAAGAAGCUCAAAAAAAAUCAUUCCUUCAAACUACAUCAGGUCAACGUCGGUCUCGUCGAUACCUGAAAAUGAAGAAUUUUCAGGUAAACUUCUCGUUAGAAGAGAUUCACCGAUCGCUUUACAAAGACUAAACAAAGUUCAUUCAAGGUUCACUUCUCUCAUUCGUUCACUUCUCCAUGCAAUAACUUUUCCCACUAUAAUUCUUCCCACGUGCAAGUGGUUAUCGAUACCGACCCAUCUCUCUAUAAAUCCUUCUUUAGGCCGGAAAGUCACCGGAACUUUAUUUGGUAACCGGCGUGGCCAUGUUAGUUUUGCCGUUCAAGAUGAUCCCCGGUCUGAACCGGUUUUGUUGUUAGAACUGGCCAUGUCUACAUCAACUCUGGUUAAAGAAAUGGCGUCCGGUUUGGUUCGGAUAGCGCUUGAGUGUGAGAAAGCUCCAGUUCAGGCCGGACGCGGUCGGCCCGGGAAACUGUUUCAUGAGCCCAUGUGGACUAUGUAUUGUAAUGGGAGGAAGUGUGGGUAUGCGCAGUCCCGCGCGUGUGGGGAUUCCGAUUGGCACGUUUUGAGCACCGUGCAAAGCGUGUCGGUAGGCGCAGGGGUUAUUCCGGUGGUGGAGGACGCACGGAAGACCGGUGUGUCUGAGGGAGAAUUAUUGUACAUGAGGGCAAAAUUUGAACGAGUUGUUGGUAGCCGUGACUCAGAGGCAUUCUACAUGUUGAAUCCAGAUAAUAACGGAGGACCUGAACUCAGUAUUUUUCUGCUUAGAAUUUGAAGAUUAUUUAUCAAUUGAAAAAAGGAAAAAAAAAAAAAAUACAAUUGUCUUUGGGAGUUAAUGACUCUUUUAGAUGUUUAAUUAGUUUUAAAUUAUUAGAUUAUUUGAAGUUGGGAGUUGGAAUCUAAUUAAAGUGCAUUAGAGAGAAUUUGAUUGUUGUACUUGUUUCUAUAAAUAGUUUGAAAUAAAAUUAAUGUAUGAGGAGAUGGUUUAAUUUUGUAAAAAUGAAAUAUUUAUGUUUAAUCUGGGUGAUUUCAAGAAA